CUCCGGCCCAGGAGCGGGAAGGAGUUCCCGGGAGUUAAUAAUUAGGGCUGCCCUGCAGGCGGAGGAGAUAGGAACCACCCAGGCACCGCCCUGCAGCCGCUCCUGUGAAGACAGAUAGCGAAGGCUCCCGAGGCGCAAGGGGCCUGCAGGCCAGCAUGGCUUCCUCCGAGAAGCCCCCCAGGUGCCCCGCGCGGGGGCCGUGCCCUGUGUUCCUGGCCAUGAGCUCGGGCGCUGUCCGCUACGCCCCCACCAGCCUGUGCCCUGUGCUGGAGGGGAACCCCGGAGAGGAGUCCUGGGGCGCAGAGAGCCUCCCGCAGCCGGACGAGGGCCUCCCGCCACCCCUCGCAGCCAUCCCGGGGCCCUGGAAGGGCGUGGGCCCCUGCAGAGGCCACAGGGAGGCCCCAGCACCCCCAGUCCAGGCCGAGGUGGGGGAGGAGGCCCCGGGGGAGGAGGCCCCGGCCCCCACCCAGCUGGACGUGGCGCGCCUGCGCAGCUCCUCCAUGGAGAUCCGCGAGAAGGGCUCGGAGUUCCUGCGGGAGGAGCUGCAGAGGGCCCAGAAGGAGCUGAGGCUGAAGGACGCAGAGUGCGCCCGGCUGUGCCGCGUGCGGGAGCAGCUGGAGCGGGAGCUGGAGGAGCUGACCGCCAGCCUGUUCGAGGAGGCCCACAAGAUGGUGCGGGAGGCCAACGUGAAGCAGGCGGCGUCCGAGAAGCAGCUGAAGGAGGCCAGGGGCAAGAUCGACAUGCUUCAGGCAGAGGUGACUGCCCUGAAGACGCUGGUCAUCACGUCCACCCCAGCCUCCCCCAACCGCGAGCUCCACCCGCAGCUGCUGAGCCCCACCAAGGCGGGCCUCCGCAAGGGACACGCACGGCACAAGAGCACCAGCAGCGCACUGUGCCCCGCCAUGUGCCCCACCACCGGGCAGGGCCUGGCACAGGACAAGGAGGGCAGGGAGCCCGGCCUCGCCCCCCUCCUCUCCCUGCUCCUCUGCGCGCUCCCCAGCAAGGCCGCCCACCUCACCUAUGAGCCGGCCUGGCCGCCCCCGCCCGGGGAGCCCGCGCCGGCCGCCGCCGCCUGUCUCUCCUUUGCACGGCAGGUAACGGCUUGGAGGGGCCACCCACGCGCACCCCUGCAUGCGGGGCACAGUCCAGCAUCCCUUGUGUCCCCAGCCCGGCCGCCGAGAAGAGGGUUGGGGCCUGGACAGGCCCUGCGCCUGGGUCUGGGUCCUCUCGGCACCGAGGAACCGAACACACAGCAGCGCUCCCUGCUGCUCCCCGGGUGUGGCUGCCGCCUGCUGCUGGGCUCAGCCCCCGCCACACGCACCCGCUGGGUCCCUGACUUCCCGCCUCCCCGCUGCCCGCAGGUGGACACAACGCUGUUCGCAGAGUUCCAGGCCUGGAGGGCUGCCCCCACGCUGGACAAGGCCUGCCCCUUCCUGGACAGGGUCUACCGGGAGGACGUGGGCCCCUGCCUGGACUUCACCAUGCGCGAGCUCUCUGUGCUGGUUCGGGGCGCCGUGGAGGACAACACUCUCACCAUCGAGCCCGUGGCCUCCCACGCGCAGCCCAGCGCGAGGGCUGCUGCCGUGGAGUGCGGCCGCCCCAGCACGUGCGCCCUGAGCGGGCUGACCAGCCCCUGCCGCCACCGCAUCCGGCUCGGGGACUCCGAGAGCCACUACUACAUCUCGCCGUCCUCGCGGGCACGGAUCACCGCGGUGUGCAACUUCUUCACCUACAUCCGCUACAUCCAGCAGGGCCUGGUGCGGCAGGACGUGGAGCCGAUGUUCUGGGAGGUCAUGAGGCUUCGGAAGGAGAUGUCGCUGGCCAAGCUGGGCUUCUGCCCCCAGGAGGCCUAGGCCGCGGCUGGACUGGAGCAACACCUGCCUCAGGACGCAGACGGACAGACGGCCCUGAGCUGGAGCCGUGGGGAGGGACAGACGUCUACCCCAG